CGCAAAUCGAAAACCAAAAAAAAACCCUGUAAAGAUUGAAGAUUGCCAACUAAAAACUUGACCAUUUGACGCUCGCGACAGAAAACUGCAACAAAGAACUGGUCUAGCUAGUGGAACAUCAACAAGUUUGAGUUUUAUAACCCCACCUCAACAACUAAACAGCACCAGCAGCUACAGUACUAAACUCUUCUACAACUAAGUAACUCUUUCACUCCUGAAUCCUGUACUUCUACUUGACUCUACCUUCGAAAAUGACGGAAAUGGAUUGUAAAAGCGGGAUGCCAACUCUGUUGGAGACGCUCACCUGCAGCAAGAGGGCAGCAGAGGACUGCAAACUAACGGGCUCUCUUAAGGCACUAUCACUAAAGUAGGUAGGUCAUCGAUAUAGGUCAUCGAUCAUAAUAGGUAUGCAUAGGGUUCUUGUUUCUUAGGCAAGUCACACGGUAAUAUCUUAGACUAUAGUCAACAUUCCAUUCCACUCGACAACCUUUGCUUUUUCUAAAUUUUCUUUUUUUUCCUAGUUUGUUAGGUCUGCUCCACCACAAACUAUAGUCAUUCCAUUCCACUAUUAACGCUCUCUCUACUCCUUGUAGUUGUGGUCUACGUCCACAACUAGUGUUAUGCGUUAUAAUGGUAAGAACUCUAAUGCUGAAGACUCUGCACCCAAGAAUAUUCCUGGUGUGACGGUAGCGAAGUAUGACAAAUUUUAUGGCAAUGGGGAUGGCGAGCAUGUCCUAUGGACCACGGAUUGCACCAAGACGCUGCCUCUGAAGCUAGCUCCACAAGGACCGGCGAGCGUUAAGGCAGCUGCUGUAGUUGUAGAAGCUGUAGUCCGUCGGAGAAUGGACAUGAUUAUAGAAAUAUAUCCUGUAGAAGUUUUUGUAGAAUGGGCAUCAUUAUAGUACCACCGCGACGCUCAAAGCACACAAAGUAAAUUAGCCGGCUAAUUUCCCUCGAUAGUUCGGAGGUCGUUCGUAACAUUGUGCGCAGUCGUACUUGCAGAAUGAUGUGGACAUCAUUACAUUGGCCGUUGUGAGUGUGGCUGUGAGAUAAUCAUGGGCAUCUUCCUUAUAAGCAAGUUGUAGAGAAUGUCAAAGUCUUCUAGUAAAAUUUGUUCAAGAGCAGGAAAAGAAUUCCAUGGCAAAAGAAACAUCAAGGAAGGACACUCACUCGAUCAGCGCAGACAAUGAUCUAGUUGUAUGCGCUAGUUGUAUGCGUCUAAGAGCGAAGCCGAAAAUCCACCGACCACCAUUCUCGCAUUACUGGAGCAAGCCGCGAAAUACUUCCCGAACGAGGUACUAUGGUUCUAUCAGUGGUGAUUGGUAUUUCAUAUUCGUAGCAACAUCGCUUCCACAUAAUGGCAUACAAAUUAAGAUUUGUCACUUUUCGUAGUAAUUGACCAAGUAAGGUGACUUUAAGGGCAGCUUCCUACAAGGUACAGUUGGACUGUAUCCCUUGUGAUUGGGUUUACUACUACCUCUUCUACUACUAUAAGGUAAAAAAAUGAUGUGUUACCUGUCAAUGUCAUCGAAUACUAGAUCGCCCAUGCAGUGGAGCGGCCGCAACCGGCUAAAGUUGCUGCACGCAGUGCCCCGUCCCUUCCACUCGAGCAAUGGACCCGUUUCACGUACGCAGAAUACUUACGAGCCUGUAAGCUCGCAGGCGCUGCUUUCGCCCAAUUGGGAGUUGAUUAUGGAAAUGAUACUAUUGUCAAUCGACAACUCAGACAGCGCUGUGGUCGGUUAAAGUAUAUGCUUAUUUUAGAGCACAAGAGUGGUGAGUUGUGAGUGACUCAUGUACGUUCCUCCCUCGACUCGCUCUUUCUCAACUACUAGAAGAUCAGGGACUUCGACGGACAACUCGUUUUCUUUCAUUUAUGCUUCCCUAGUGUGGGCUCCACUGGAAUUAAUAUGGGGGAUAACAGGGACAAAUACUUGCGUAGCUCUUUGUUGUCGUUUUCUAAUAUGCGCAAUUUGGUUCGGUUGCAGUGUGGGGCUUCAAUGCGCCAGAAUGGAUUCAAGCUCUCGUUGGCGCGGCUGCGUGCGGAGGCAAGGUGAGUGGCAUCUACCCCACAGACACCUUAGAAAAUGUCAUUUACAAUUAUGGACUUGAAGUACAUCUUCGAAAACCUCUCCACUCCAGUUGUACUCGACCAAGUAGAUAGAACGAGAACCUUUACUUUGAUCUACUUAUAGAUUCUAAUAGAAGAUCGCGCACUCCGAUGCAGCUGUGUGCGUUGUUGAAGGUGAGAAGCAAGCCCGCACAAUCCUCCAGAACCUCGAUCAGAUGUCAUGCGUGAAAGCAGUGGUUCUCUACGAUGAGAGUACGCCAUUACCAGAAAAUCCUCAGGGUGGUGUAAAAGUACUAACUUGAUUUCGGUUUUUCUUUGGCGUUUAUUAAAUUGUCAAAUACCUCCUAGUCGGAUUGAUAGACUAAUCCUACUUGAAUGAACAUCAUAUACCUACUUUCACAGGUGUUGUACUGGAGUGAGCUUCUCGCGCUCGGCGAGAAGGCAGGAAACCUGAAUGUAAAGGUAGAGUCUGGCCACUGCGGUGCCCUUGUCUACACGUCGGGAACGACGGGGAAUCCGAAGGCAGUGAUGCUUAGCCACGACAGUAUUUGUGCUACCGCAACAGGAAUGAUCUACGCUGUUGAUUACGACCCGAAAAGAAUUUUGAAAUGUUGCCCUAUGAUCAAUCAUUAUCAACUUAUUUAUUAACUGAUGAGUAGCGGUCUGUCAUGACAGUACUAGUAAUGAGGAAUUGAUUUGGUUUACCGCUGCUCUGUCUUUCUUUCCCUUCCCUUUUUGAUGAUUCUACUAUUCACGCUGCACCACACUGCAAGAAAGGCAAACUGCAACAAAGAGGUUCUUCUAAUCCAACAAACACCUACUCGGAAACCAGCGGGUUUUGUCUUACCUCCCAUUAUCGCACAUUGCUGGUAUGCUAGCGGACGUGAUGCUGCCUCUCGUUCUCACCGCUCGGUUCCAGAAGCCCUGUUCUUAAGGUCGCACUAGCAGCUGUGCAUGUGCACCUAGGUUAUUCCCUCCAUCCAAUGUACAACUAUAGGUGCAUAUGCGCCUCUCCUGAACCUUGUCGUGGAAAUCUGGUAGUAGUGGGAAAAGUAAGAGAGUAGUUGUCCUUCAUAGCGCAGUUGUGAGCAGAAAUGAAAUACCAGAUAUUAUAUGAUCCUACUCCUUAUGCGUAGUAGUAGGUCCAUGUAAGUAGAUUGAUGGGUAGAAAGAGUCACUAGCACUACAGCGGCGGUUGGAGGACGGGAUACAUACUACCAAGAUUGGAACUAUGCUGGCUCUAAUAUCCGGUCUUCUUCGCUCGAAAAUACGAUCUAUCCGAUGGCACCUUGAAAGACAGGCUUACUUUCGUGCGUCCGACUAUGUUUUUGGGCGUCCCAAGAGUGUGGGAGAAGAUGGGAGAGGCCAUGAAUUAGGAAUCAGUCGAUCAGUCAAGAGUCAACCGAUUGAACCCUGUAGUAUAAAACGAAAUAUCUAUAUGUCUCUUCUACUGUUAUCUCUCCUCAGGAUAUAUUGCUAGCUAUGAAUCACUCAAUUAAUCAGAAGCAGUCAAUCGAUCCCUAUGAAGAACCAUGAUAUUAUCAGAUAAGUACCAGUUAUGGUUAUCCCUCAAUAAAAAUUUUUAAAUGGUUAACUUUCCCUCCCCUUUUAAUCUCUUCAUUCAACCUAAUUUAUAAGCAAUUAUAUGCGCCGCCAGGAUCUAGUACAACUACUGGUGCUCCUACGAGCUAUUCUCUGCUAUCCUCUGCCGCUUGCACCUCUUCUAAUCUCGAGCCGCGGGUGCUGCGGCGCCACCGAUGUUGCGCAAACUGUCUACUUGGGCGAAGGGAGUAAGGUUGGCAGAUUACCGCUCGACUAUGUUGGGAGCACGCGUUGAAGAACAGCAAGCAAAGCCGUAUUGGUUCACGAGUAAGGCAGCUGACGUCCUUCUUGGAAAGGUGCGCGAAAAAAUCGGUCUGGAUAAGGUAUAAGUGUAAGAAUAUCUACUUCCCGAUAUCUUUGCAGCUCUACAACUACAAUAAAUGUGCUUGCCCUCUCUUUCUUCCCAAAACCUCUUAGGAUGAGAGAACAGAAAGGAAGACUUGAGCUUCAACUCAAGAAGUAGAUUAAUGACUUACUAAGGAAAGCGCCUACAAUCUAAACAAUUCAUCACUCUUCUUAUUAAGUAUGAGAUGGGACGCGCUCCGGUUCAGGUUCUUUACCUCUAGGUGUAGUCUUCACUCAUUUCAAGCACUGUUCUCUCCGCUUCAAAGCUUAUUAAGUAUGAGAGGCGGGUCAUUGUCAUUUUUCCUCUAAAUCUAUCUUCUGGUCCACCGUUCUUUCCCAACAUCCUAGGUUCUUUCAGGUCCAGCUUUGCGUCACUGGUGCAGCGCCAAUUCAAUUGGAAACCUUGGAAUACUUCGCGGGUUUGGGGCUCCCGCUACUCGAGCUUUUCGGCAUGUCGGAAGGCACAGGUCUCUUUACAGCGAAUCUCCCAGGUGUGCACAAAUUUGGAUCCGUCGGAUUCACCCAGAUCGGCCUGGAAGGCAAGGUGCUGCGGGAAUCGAAUUAUGGAAACAGGAAGAAGACGUCGGUGUGAUCAUCCUCGUCGUGAGUAAAAAAUCAAAAUAUUGGCAAGUUUGAAUCUCCAACGGCAAAGGACUACGACUAGCUAGAGAAACCAUUCUCUUUUUCUCUCCAAAAUCUAAGAAACGCAGGAGUCGAGUACAGGAUGCAAGUCGUCGGAGGCGCCUCCAUGUGUGGAUGUAUGUGGUGGUGUGGUGCCAGAGGAAUGUCAGGGUGAACUGUGCUAUCGAGGUCGCAACGUGAUGAUGGGAUACAUGGCCAAUCCUAAGUUACGAGACUUCGAAAUCUUCUAAAAAGUACGAUAUUCCAGCAAGAUGUACUAAUUUAUUGAGCCAUAUUAUAUAUUCAAUUCAGCGUAGUUGUGUCACCCAUCAUCCUCGGAGUCGAGCAGGUGCGGGGGGUGUUCGAUGUGCAGGAUUCACUGCCUAACCUAACCUAACCUUUUGUCAAGUCAUUCUUGUUGUGAACAGCUAGCCCUUCUGAGUUUAAUGUACGAUCGCACCAGGAUAGUAAACUCUUUUUUUGAGAGUUUUUAGAACCAGGAUUUUUUUGAGGUUCGUUUACUAUCCUGGUUCUGAACUCUAAUUUCGAUGGGAGCAAAGCACAUUGCCGAAAUCAAGCAGAAGACCAGAGAGGUGAUUGACAGUCAAGGCUGGUUGCACUCUGGGGACAAGGCUGCGGUGGACCAAAGUGGCAUGUGGAAGAUCACGGGACGCUACAAAGAACUCAUCAUCAUUAUGUAUUAAAAUUAUCACCAUCAUGUGACUGUUGCUGUUCUAACGAACUCAUGAUCACCAUCAUGUGACUGUUCUAAAGAACUCAUCACCACCAUCAUGUGACUGUUAUAAAUUACUCAUGAUCACCAUCAUGUGACUGUUCUAAAGAACUCAUGAUCACCAUCAUGUGACUGUUCUAAAGAACUCAUGAUCACCAUCAUGUGACUGUUAUAAUAUAAAGAACUCAUGAUCACCAUUAUGGCACUGUUAUAAUAGAUUACUUAUCAUCAUUAUAAUGCUUACGGUGAUGCAGUGAUAGCAGAUAGGUCGGAGUAGAUUGGAGUAUACUUGAUGAUAACUUCCCUUUUCUCUUUUCUAUCUUCCUCGGGUCUCUCUUUUUUCUAGUUAGGUCUGCUCCGCCACAAUUAUCAUCAUCAUGUGACUGCUAUAAAUAACUCAUCAUCAUUCAUCAUCAUGCUUGUAGUGAUGCAGUGUUGUGGGAAAUUGUAGUACUUGUCAAUGUACAUCUAAUGAGCCCGCUGGUGGCGAGAAUAUUGCGCCAGUUCCGAUUGAAGAUUGGGUCAAGGGCAAUUUUGCUGCUUUCUCGAACUUCGUCAUGAUCGGCGAUAAAAGUUAAGGCUGAAGUGAACAUGGUUGGUUGAAGUGGAAACUGUUGUAGCAGAUUUAAGAAAAGAUGCCCUGUUUCAAGGAAACAAGAAACAGCUGCACAUUAAUUAUCUUAAAUUGAUGCAACUGUUGUAAAAACAUAGAAGUAGAUAGUACGAGGAGAUGGAAGUUUUUUACGAAGAUGGGGAGAAGUUCUGGCAAAUAAGAACUGUUCUAAGAAAAGAAGUUCAACUCGUGCUUGAUUACGUUAAAGUGCGUCGGCGCAACGGGAAUGGAACCAGGGACCAACGAACUCACGCCAGAGGUAUUAUUUCUAGACCAUCACCACCUGAAGAGGUCUUGCACUGAAUUGAGGAUGCUAUACCCCGAGAAUCGGUACACCAAUCAAUCAAUUAUCUACUUAUCUACUUGCAACUUAAUAACCAACGUGCAAGAUCUUCGAGUUCAAAUGUAUUUAAACCUUGUCGUCCUCAGGUUCAGGCACUCUUCCCUGGUUUGCGCACGGUUGAGGAGGCGAUCUUGGACGAACGCGUGCAGGCAUACUGCCAAUCCGCCUUGACUAAGGUCAACGCUAACAGCACAGUCGUCAUCUCGAAUGUUAUGAGGACACGUGUGGUAAAGAAGCAUCUAGACUGACCCUAAAUAUUAUCGUAUCCCAUAUAGACAUUUUCUAUCAGCUUCUCCUAUUCUAUCCUACAGCUCUUAUGUUCUUAUUAUCAGACAGUGUAGUCCUAUUCUAUUCCUGUAGGUUCCUGGCUGGUGUCGUUGUCCGGUGUCGCUGUCCCCUGGAAAACCGGGGUACACCCAUGGGGUUUCGUAUUGAAAAUCAAACUUUUCCCUCUUUCAACAAUCAAAAACCUCAGGCGUUUUGGCUGCAAAAAGCUUGGAAAUGGUAGCGCUCUGGGCUCGCCUGCUCAGUGUGUUCCACGACUAGAAACAGGGUCGCUUUUAUAUCUUUUUGGUUUAAAAAAAAAGUGCUUACUCUUUGAUAUCCGCUUCGGUUUCUAGUUAAAAAGCUUUUCUUUACUUUUGAGUCGUCGGAUGCUGGUGGUGGUUUCCUUGGUAGUUGGCUUCGCUGGAAGCGUCGCAGGAUAAGAGGACGCCCGUGCUGGUUACUGUGAAGAUUCUAGUCCUGUCCAAUUUUGGACAGGACUAAGAGGCGAGCGCUUCAGAUUUGAUGCUGUCCUUGUCCAAGAAUCUAGUCCUGUCCAAUUUUGGACAGGACGAAGAGGCAGGCGCUUUAUUUUACUUUUUGAAUUGAAAGAAGCUCUUUCGAAUUGAAAGAAACUCGCGGAGAGUGUCGGAUCCAAAGAACAGGGCCCCACUCCAGGAGCAAAACCCUGAAGAGCCUCCGCUUCAACGAGUUAACUGAUCUCCUGCUUCAAAGAGCAAAAUCCUGAGAAAGUAAAUGCAGCGACGUGAGCAGCUGACUAACAUUAACAUAGCCAAGACACUAGCAUCAGGACACAUCACCAUGCGGAGUUGAGUGCGCGCGGCACUGCCAGGAAAUAAACGGACUCUCUGACAGUGUGCCUCAGUCAGUGUCUACUUCAGACCGUUCCUUCGCAGUUCCAGAGCGCAACAUAAGUUCUCAGUAGGCUUUUGAUCAACAACCUAGCACACAAAGAAGCAAGACAGGCACUACUUCACGCGCAUGAUGAUGAUGCACCAUGAAGAGGCUCACGCGCCUCGUGAAGUAGCAGGCGAAUAAAUAUGGUCAAGGCGUGUGGUAGCAAGUUAGAGCUAGCGGCUACAUGUCCACGCGCAUCCAGAUCCAGCAGAGCCUAUGGCCAUUGAGAAGAUUGCAUGCCUGUCCGCUUUUUCUGAAAUAAUCCAAAGCCAAACGAUCCAAGGGCAAGUCUGUGACUGUGGAGCGAGUAGCAAGCUUCGCCCUGUUGAUAAUUAAGGCCAAAACUGGAAGCGGCAGGCUGUUGCUGUAGCUAAAAACAAGGCCAGAGGCUUUGCGGCUAAAAGUAAGGCAAUCAGUCGUGAAGUAUAAUAUUAAGAGCGCGCUCGUAUUUCCAUUCGGUGGAGUUGGAGGAAGGAAGAAAAAGAAUGAUGGUUGCUGAGCCUGAGGCCGAGUCAAUUGGUGCCCACUAUGGGACCACCAGGGGCAAGAUCUAUGCGCAGGCCUUGACGAAAAUGGAACUGCAAACCCUGAAAGCGGUCCGCAAUGAUAUGGCACCAGUCCGCUACUUUGUGCUUUUGUGGGAGAGGACUAGAUGGGGACAGUCAAAGUCCAACAGUCUGGCGACCCUAGUUCGUAGAUUGGUCUAUAGUUGACAACGCGGAAGCUUCGUUUUCGGAACCCAUUCUCUUCAUGUUCACGCUCAGGCAUUCUGCAUCUCAGUCGCAUACUGCUACUUCGCGCCAGGUUUCGCCUAUGCAGGACAGUCUUCAGAAUAUCUUCGAGCAAGGAGAAGGCAGCCGGUGGAUAUCCUUUGCCGUCCUCUUCUGCUUCAUGUACCGCAAGGGCGACCGGCUGUCUUUGACCGAGGCGGAGCCGUCGGGGGUGCUGAGUUGCCAAAGGAAGCCGGGACGUGCUCGAUCGCGUAUGUGUGACGAGGAAAAAGCGAGAGCUAAGUGGCAACCAAGGCGGUCAGGUUCGCCAUUUCUGCUUAUUCAUUCGCUAUAAUUUAGAGUGCGGCUGCUUUACAGUACGGGGCUACGACUACUCUGCCCACUUUUACAGUGCUUGCUUGCUUAUUCGAUCCACUUUGCAAAUUCUGUGAUAUUGUAGUCGUUGGGUUAGCCUGGGGGCAGUCGCCUCCUUCGUCGCCGGGACGUGCGGGGCUUUUUUCUGACUAACACUAAAACAUAAUGCAUAUGACUAGGAGCAGGAUCUUCAUAAUCCGGCUCCGGACGCCUUUGAACUGAUCGCUUCGCUUCUUGCUGUGAGAGUUGACCCAUGCAGGAAACAGCGGCGCCAUGCAGCAAAAACAAGACUACAGCCCGCGAUAGAGGCAGGCCUUUUUUUCGUUUCCGUCAGCGGACGCAUUAGCGACAGGCAAUUCUAUCCGCACGCUGGACGUUCUUAGAUGUCCAAACUUCUGCCAAAGGGCCUGGCGCUGCGUGUCUUCUUAUCAGAUCCCGGAGCGACAGGCUACUAGAGCGGGGCUCCGUCAAGUUUUCGGAUGGAUCUGCCUCAUGCUCAUUCGUCCUCGAGUAAUUUCGUAGAGUCUCUGCUCACAUGACGGCGAUCGAAAAGUUUGCAAUUGUGCUUGUGCUUGUAAUUGUAGCCGUUUGCUGUAACCAAUACUGCGCAUUGUCGUGCUCUUCUCUAGAGUUAUAUCGAAGAAGGUAGCAACUGCAACAACAGGGGCAAAGUCACGUGACCCAUUUCAGGCAAGUGACCAAAAUCGUGCAAGUAUCAUCGCCAGGGAUGUAGGCUGCGUCUCGUCUUUCUGUGGCUUUGCGUGCUGUGUCACGCGUUGGCCAGCUUUGUUGUUGCUUCUGCGGUUUCGUUUUCGCGGGAGUCUCCAGAAUACAAACUGAGCGGAGAGACUAGCUCCUUCGACCAGUACUAUUCCGUCGCCGUUCGGGAGAAGUCUCGGGCGAAGUAGAUUCUUGCUGCUAUGGAGCGUCACGAAUUUCAAAGGAGUUCGAUUUCUCCCGUAGCUUUUGCCUUGGCAGCCUCUCAGCGUUUUCCUUGGCAACUUGUCGCCGUCAGGUGCAUACUUCUUGACCUUACUAGCCGCCCCAGAUUCUGCGGCGAGACCUUCGCUUUCUUCACGCAGCAAGACGCUGUCGCGCUUCAUGAAGCAGCCAGCCUCCCAAAAUGGGAAAAGGUUCCAAAAUGAGCAAGAAGAGGAAGGGAAAGCCUAUCAUGAAAGGCAAACCGCCGCCGAAAGACAAGACGAAACGGGCCAGACGUCGCCGAAGAAGAGCUGAGAAUACGGAAAGUCUCCUUCCGCUGGAGGAUCAGGAAAGUGAUCUACUACACGACGCGACUUCGUCUGCUUCUAGUUCAAGCGGUGGGGGUGAGUAUCCUCUUCGCUCAAAGAAUACCAGCAAGAAAAAGAAGAAAACUAAAAAGAAGAAGAAGAAAAACAAGAAGAAACCCAGUAGCCCGCCAUCUAGUGGCGACGAAUCGGACGACACUGACGAGAGCGCGCAAGAGCUUCGCCCCCUCGCGCAGAAUCCUCGACUUAUUGCUCGGGCAAGAUCUCUAUUGCUAGAAAGCGCGCUGCUCGAUGAAGAACCGUCCUCCCCGUCCAGUUCCACCGGGAGCAAGGGGAACGCUGCGCGGCCUUUCGGCCAGGGUGUGAAGGCCGUGGAGAUGCUUGUGGAAGAGAGCAAGUCUCCAGUGAUGGAAUUAGAUGCUUACUAGUCACCACUAGCACUAGAAAUGACCGGGCGCGUCUAUGCAUAGCUUUUCGCCGCGGUGUUAAACGAUGGGGAGACAGCUAGCGAUGGCUUUUUUGAUGUAGAUAGGAAAUGGCUGAGGUGCAUGAGUACGGCUGUGCUGACUGUGUGCAAGCUCCUCAGCGUCGGCCUAUGGCUAGAAGGGACUCACUUGCUAGCGCAGACGUUCCGCCUAUUAACAGAGUUUAUUUGUUAGCUGGCGCGCUAGCUAUUGCAUCAUAGUCACUGUCACACUCCCCGACUUUACUUUCAUACUUUUAGCGGCUAGAGGAGGUGGCGGCGGUGGUGGAGAUUCGUCUUCUGGUUCUGAUGGUGAAAGCACUGGGUCAGGAGGUGAACACCUUGAGGAAAGUCCGAACGUCUAGGACCCUCGUAGUGGAGAUCAAGCCCAUAUGGAGAACGUGGCGGCGGUGUUGAAGUGGAGAGGCUCAAUUGUUGCGCAGAUUGAGAAAAAUCACAAGGAGGCGCGCACCUGUGCCAUUCAAUACUUGAAGACGGUUGGCAACGGUUGGAGAAUGGUGACCCCGGUCGGCUUGGGAGACACAGCCACGGAAAUAACGGACAAGCCUGCCAGCGGCGGCAAUAAUUAAGGCUAGACGCGUUUCGUUUUCAUCUCGGUGGCGCUUGUUGAGUGGUGUUUUGUAGUAUAGUCUCAGGACAUUGACGAGUGUCAGUAGGUGGCUCGUAGCUCUAAAAUACAUGCAGGGAGAUUCUGAAGAGCUCUAAAAUACAUGCAGGGAGAUUCUGAAGAGAAGCAUCGCGAAGCAGUGCCCCGGCCUACGACAUGCCAGCAUCUCGGUGAAGUUUUUUUUCCAGUACCUUCUUCCAUCACGGUGUCGCCAAUGGAAGAGCAAGGGCCUCAAGCACAGAGAUCAGGGCCUGUUCUUUGGCAGAGUGCAAGCUUUCCACCCAUGGGUGGGCGUGCUCCUGGGUUUUGCGCCUCACUCUGACAUAUUCAGUGGAAAAGCGCGACGCCUUACAUUAUGGGAGGGUGGUCUCGCUUCGUCUCUUGUUUCGAAAUAGGUCAAGACCGUUGGACUUCCGUCCUCGAUUCUAUCUCCGUGCCAGUUCUCUCUUCCAAAACACAGGCGGAGAGCUUGCUACCUGUUUUAAAUUCACCGCCUUCGAACAGUGUGAAAGAGUAAGAGUGUGCUCCUUAUUCUCUAAUACCAGACUCGGAUGCAGCGUUUCAGGUCUCCAUGGCAAUGCACCGCAAGAGAAGAGGGCGACGAACGACUGGAAUCCGCACUCGGAUACAAAGUUGCAUCAGAAAACUCGCGCACUAGCUGACAUGAGUCCGGCCGUGUGUGCAGUGACUUCCGCCAUCGUGUGUCAGUUCUGGUCUGUGUUGGAGGUCGUCGGCGAUUGUGUGGGCCGUCGGUUGGACGACUUGGACGAGGAGAACACGGCUGAGGGUAUUUUUCAGCUUGUUCAAUAUUAAUUUUGGGUUUAGCUUUAGCCUUAGGGCGACCGCUUUGCCCACAGCGAUACGCCGGGGGACAGCGUUAAGCGGGUCGCGAUUGCUGCCCAUUCUCGCGCAGCGAGAUGGCCCAAGCUUUUGCCCGCUGCUGGUUGUAGGGCUUUCGAUCCCUCCCAGGAUUGGGGAAAGACAGCAGGGGAGAGCCCGCGGGGAAGGGCGGGAGCCGAGGGGCAGCUGCCUCCGGGCCCAUGCGUGCGCGGCGGAGAGGUGGGCGCGCUUGUGCUUCAACUCGAUAGAUGCCCGGCAGGCCAUGACGCCGCGGGCCGGCGCGCACGCUUGUGCCUGUGGCUGUGAGUCGAUAGGCGCCCGGCAGGCCAUGACGUCGCGAGGCGGCGCGCGGGGAGCCCGGCUGAGUGCAAACUGCAAAACGCCAGCGGAGCCCGAGAGGUGACCGCGCGGCUGGUGAUCGAUGGCAGUGGUGACGAAGCGGAUGCCAUUCAUUGCCCAACAGUUGCGGCCUAGCUAUGGCGUUACAAUUGCGGCGGCCUACAACGACGUGCGCAAGGUUACGCGCGCGCGAUGACGCUGCAGGUGGCUCCUUCCUGGACACUACGAACGCGCAUGCCCGCAGAUUGGCCGGGAAACUCUCGAAGACACUCGCCGGAGGUCGACAGGUCCGAGCUGAAAAGCUUCGCGAGCCGGGAGUGCUAGAAAUGUGCCUGCUUGCGUCGCGCUCUUUCUGCCCGCUGUGGCAAGACCGCAGGAGACAGCGCCGGCCAGCUGUAGACAGUAGCCUCUUCGAGUUUGGCGCUCCGCGUCAUCUGAGCGGAGAGACAUCGAGACGAAGCAUUCCGGUUCCGAAAGGGGCAACGCGGUGAAGAAUGGCAGAAAAUAAUGGCGAAAAUGGUCACCCGACGGCGAUUUCGCAAGUCUCCCUUGACGAAAAUUUCGCAAAUCGACAUCGGCGUCGACAGCGACAUGGACAGCGACAUGGACCAGCCGCAGAAGCUCGUAAACCUAGAGUGUCAUAGGGGCGUGGUGCUGGGUGCUCCAUAUUUUCGUGCUUUUUGUUUGGUUUGUUUCUGGUUUGGGGUCUUUGGAUCAUCUUCGAGGUUUUUGCUGGUUCUGCCCUAUGUUUCGGGCUGUUUUGUCUCUGUCGUAUGAUGGCCGGGCAAUGUCGUGCCAUUUGCUCCGCCAGCAUGCAGGGUAGGCCGCUGCCUGCGGAUACCACCAGGGCGGCUCGGCUCUUCUUCUUUCUCGUUGUUGUGCUUGUAGUUGUAUCGCGGCGGGCUUCGUUCUUGUCUAUCGUAGGCUCCAGCGUCGUGGGCAGUCGCGCUUCCUGGUGUGUCUCUUGUCGGUUCUUUUUUCUGCUCGUUUUGUUUUCGUUUUCGUUCUUGUUGUUGUUGGGUGGUGUGCAAGCGCCAAGGGGGUGGCUGUGGUUAUUGCUUAUCGUGUUCUUGCUUAGUCGCUCUAGGUCUCGGCUUGCGUUGUCUUUUUUCGGUCGUGUCAGUCUUAGCCGGCUGCGUUUCAGCUUGCGCCUAGUCGUUACCGCUAGGAAAUCAGCCCACACCCACCUCACCAGUCGGCAUUUCAGAUCAGUUCUUGCAUCAGCUUACACCUAAUCGUCUUAGCAACAGGCUGGGAAUGGUCAUACGAGUACUCGCCGCUUGUUGAGGCCAGUCGAGCAACAACGAAGAGCAGGGACGAGGGGCUAUCAGUCACAAACGAGCGAGACCGCUGUAUGGCUCACCUGGCUUGGUUUCUCUUGUUGAGGCGCUUGCGGUGCCGGUCGAUGAUGGAGGACGCGUUCCAUGGAACUUUGAGCAUAUCCAUGGACGACUUUACGCAGAAAGCGGCUCUCACAGCAGGGCGCGCGAGGUUCGUGGUUCACCCAGGAGCCACCUUCAACCGCCAGCCGACAGAUGCGGGUGCAUCCGGAUCCUCAUCUGGUGGCGCCGCAGUCGUGAGCGCUGAGCAACCUACAGGCGCAGCCGCAGUCUUGCUCGGCACCGUCCUCAGCGAAGAUGUGCCAAGACAGCAAGAACUGGGCCGACUAGGUGGCAACAGAAUGGAGACGUUUCUGGUUGCAGACGCCGAGCAAGGUGCUCGCGUGCCGCCAGCGUUGCGGGAGCUCUUUGAGCCAAGGCCGGACGGUGCUGCCCCCGACGAGUAUGAAGGCACGCGUGAGGUGCUCGGAAGCGCUCUCGCGACCUGGGUCCCCUACGUGUUUGCUUGCUUCUUGCCGUUAGUUCGGCAGCGGCUUUACGGAUGCCAGGACUUGCGGACGGCUCUUCGGAGAGCAAUAGGGAGACCUUUGCAGGAGGGAGAGGAAGUUAUGGCAAAGGCUGGCAUGAAGUCGGAAGACCGCCGCGAUUACCUGCAAGGCUUCAGCAAGGCAGGCCCUUGCUGCUGUCGUUGGCUUAGGCGUUGACUUAUAAUCAGUGAGGACCCCACUUCUAAAGUCGAGACGUUCGACCUGAGCUCGAUCAAGUCUGGCGCUUACUUGAAUUGGAUCAGUGGCUGGCUUCUGUUUCGGCCCGAUUCGCAGCCUGAUACUCACCCAAGACGCUUGCGCAGAACAUUAAGGAAAGGCAAAGAGUAUACAUCAUGGAACUACUCAAAGUAGGCGCUUUUUCCACGCUUGCACUUGCUGGCCGUGGCUUCCUUUCGUUUUCUCGGCUAGCCGUAAGCUGCUGCGUUUGUUGUGUACGGGUAGAGGAUGCCUGCUCCUGGUAGGGUUUAUUUUGUUUUGCCACCUGUAAGCAUUAGAGUUGCAGUUGCUAGAGCUGGCGUUGAGUUGUGGAGGUGAUAGGCCUGGCAGUGGUGUCUAAUAUUUUCUAGGUCGCUCCUUCCGUGUUUGAGUUUUAUUCAUAUAAAAACUCUCUGUCUUGUGAUAGGGGCCCUUCUACUUUUUUCAUCUCUAGCGGAGUAAGAUUCUUGACUAUCUAAGUUGCGCAAGCUUAUAGGGGGUCACGUCUGUUAGUAUGUCGCUCCUCCUCCGUAGUAGUAGUAGUAGUGGCAAUCUUCUAAGGGUCGCGGAAAUUUGCACGCUGGUUGGAAUUUGGAGGCCAUGCCCUACUGCCGACUGAUGGGGGUGGCUUUGGUCUUUUCCUGGAUCAACCGCCACCGGCUCCAGGUGUAAGCGGGCAAAGUUUAUGCGUGGGGCUAAGUGUAACGCUGAAGAUGAGAAGACGCGCAGCAGGCGGGUCAGCCUUUCAGAGGCGCGCACUAUAUGAGUUUCAAGGCGCGGCUUGUCUGAUCUUCUGCCUAUGUCUAAAAGUUAGCUUUGGCCUGAUCAUGAUUCUGAUGGCUUUUAGCCAUCCGUAUACAAUUAAUUGCACUCAGAAUGCUAGGCCGUGGCGCUCUGUUCUUGUUUGGCAAGGUGUGGCUGUUUUUGCGGUUCACCUGUCGCAGCUUGUUGUAGAGUGUGCCCGUCGCUCUGACGUACUGCUGUCCAUUACAUACUACGCACUCUAUAGCUGUGGCGAGUUUUUUGUAGCACCGUAAGCACCUCCGGCCCCGGGCCCUAGUAGUCUCAGCCUUGUAGAUACUUAACGCUGAGCAUAUAUUUACUAUUAUCCUUCUUUGAACAGUUAGGCACUAUUUGCUCGGGCUUUCCACAUGGGGGCACCCUCCUAGACGGUUCCCCUUUACUCUUUCUUCUAUUCGCCAUUAUCUCCGCGCCGCCUUUCUUUCGUGUUCGUUCUUGGUUGCUGAUGGAGGAGGCGGAGGCCUGUUCGAUGAUGACGAAGCACAUUAUGAGGUCGGAACUCAAGGCGGAGGGCUUGACGGGAAGCCAGCAGGUUCUGGCGGCACGCAAGGCACGGAUAACGUUGCUACGAGGCAAGUUCUUGGAUUAAUGACCCAGGCCCAGCAGAGCAAGCCGCGGCUUGCUGCUCGUCAUGCAUCUCGAAAAUAUCGCGAGCAGGAACCGACGAAAACUGGCAGCGCUUACAUCGAGCAGAGAGAAGACAAGUAUCUUCCUCAUGUCCGUAACGUGUUUGAUUGGGCACACGGCGACGCGCGCAGCGUGAUGAAGUUAUGUCAUUUCCUUAGCUUUUUUGCUCGUAGUCGUAGCGAUGCACUUUUUUGGCAUCGUUUGGGCCCUCGGCCUCGGCUUCAUCAAUUAACUUCAAGCAGCACCGCCUUGAAAUCGAGUGACCAUUUCGGGAGGCUUGUCGUUGUCGCUCAGAAUUAUGAUAGCCCGGAGCCGCUUCGGGCUUGAUAAAGUAGCGGAGCCUCCUGCUUCUUUAGUCAUCUCUAACACCUUGCCACGGGUCGCGUGCUGCCGUUCACGUGCAGGAUUGUGGACGCUGAAAAAGUGAAAUGUGCUCCAUUGCUUAGACAUAGACAUAGAAGUGAUUGAUGUACUUGCUCCCUCCUGGUCCAGGCGGUGGCCCUCGUUCUUUUUUACGCAGGAGCUGGACAAGUGCAGCCGCUCCAGUGUUGAAACUCUACGUCUAACAAUUAUUGGCCCUCGUUCAGAGCGCCCGCUUUCUCAUCUUAUUGCGGCAGCGGCUAGGCCUUUUCAUCUAUUUCUUUAUAGUUAUGCCAUCAUCUUGCCUCUAACCGUUCUUGUUCGUCUUCUCGUUUACCUGGUCAGGGAUAGCGCCCGGACUAUGUUGCACUAAAAGACGAAGCUUAGUUAUUUGAGUUUGGCUUCGGUCUGCGUUAGUGUCUGGAUUCUUUAACGGUAGCCGUUGUUCUCUUGCUGAAAUAAGAGCGAUAAAGUGCAGUGGUUGUAGUAGAAUCCUCGACCUACGUAGUCUUAUGAAGUCUUUCGUCUCUGACUAAUGACUUGACUCCGUGGAGCUGUAGGGCAGCAAUACAGUUAGAAAGUCUUGAGCUUUGUGUGGAUUGGAUUACUUGCUUAGCCUUUUGGGUGGUGCAUAGUUACAGGCUUCUGGAGCACGUCUAGACUUUUUGUCGUUGGUUUUUAGGGCCAUGGACUGGCUGAGAAGCAGGCGUAGCCUCUUGGUCCUUGUGUGUAUGUUGAAGAGAAACCAUCCUUCUCGCGGCUGACUCUCAUUGGCAGACGCCUCCAAUUUUGCUUGAAGCGAUAUGAUGGCGACAAGGACUUGGCGAAGAUGGCGCUCUUGAAAGAAUUGCAGCGCGUUGCUGUGGAGAUUGACCGCCCCGACGCUGAAGCCAUUAGUCUGGCGGGCAAGGUUGGAGGCGUUUCCAGUUGGUUGGUGCGUCUAGGGUGAGAGCGCUGACGCAUCUGAUAAGUUAUGAGUGGCCUGCUUUGUCGUUGAGGGUGCGACCUACGGCAGCGUGAAGAUGCUAGAACUCUAAACAGUAAGCGUAGCGGCUAUGUAUUUCCAGUGAGUCCGUCCGUGGCUUGGUGUUCUCGCUCUGCGUCUACAUUUACUUUCACUGUGCUCGUGACAGAAGUUCGCUGAUCUUUCUAACAUGAAGCAACCGGGUGGCUGGGCGUGGUGCGCGUUGGUUUGCGGAAGUUUGGAGGCGAAGCGACUUGCGUAAACCAGCGGAAUUCGGACAGGGGCAGGGGGUGGGCUCGCUCGAAUGUUAGCAAAGAUGGAUCUCGGUUGGGCAGCUGUGCCACUACAGCAAAGGGGUUGGGAGUCAGUCUCUAUCACGAGAACAGUUUGAACUUUAUCACAAGAAAAGCCUGAACUUUGUCACAGGAGCAAUGUGAUCACAGGAAGGCACUUUGCCGCAUGAAACUGAGGAAAUUCACCCCAGGAACAAUAUGGACAUCAUUGGCGAGUGCUGUUGUUAUUGAUCAUCGUGCACUUCUUAUUCUUUCGAUGAAGUGGAUUCGAGUAGAGAGGUGCGCGAAGGCUAAAUGGCCUCAAAAGUGACGCCUUAAGAGGUGGCGCGACAUGACAAGGGGCAUGGCUAUGCGUGUAGCGAUCUGCUCUGGUAGCCUCUUGCGUGGGCUCGGUGGCUGAAGUUCCUCGCUUCGCAAACACAUCACUGCAAAAAUGUUGAGUAUCUGGAUAGCUAUCUGCGCAGGAACUUUUCGAGCUGUUGAAUGCCUUGCAGCGUCUUCCGCUGCGCCUUAUCGGCGUGCGCUCAGGUUAGAUUCUAUGGCUGGAAGAGCACACAAGUGAAGCGGGCAAGUAUUAGGUCAUGUCGUGCUCGCUUUAAGGUAUUUGGGCUGCUUCUCUGUUCAUGCUGCGACGCUCCUCCUCCGCCUCGCUUUAUCUUGGCUUGUGUCUUGGGCGUCGUUACUUGCUUACGCUCACCUGCAAGGCGGCGUGGCUUUCUGCUUCGCGGGUGGUCGACCUCUAAGACGGAGGGUCGCUGUGGCCAUUCUUUCUAUGACGCCUAGGGGCUCUGCUGUGGGUCUCUUUUGCUUGAGCGGCCUUGUGCUUAUGUCUAGAGCAAACUCCUGCUCGAGGCUGAGGCGGUCCCGAUCUCUCCAAGCUGUCGCCGACUGAGGGUUUUGCCUCUCGCUCUCUGAGUUUUUUAUCGCUGGACUUUCUCUCGUAAGUCCUAGCAGGUACUCACUUAGCUGGGUAUGCUGCCGCGCCAUGUGGUGCUGGUCUCUCGUCCGCUGGUAGAAGGCACGCGUCGAGGGAUCUUCGAUCGUGUUCGACAUUCAUCUUCAUGAGAGCGGAAGUUUCUCCCUUGAAAACAUCAUGGGAAAAAGAGGCGUCGCGUGUAGUCCUGUCCAAAAUUGGACAGUAUAAGAAGCUUGUUUCUCUUUUUCUGUAGUUCUCCCUUGAAAACAUGGGAAAAAGGGGCGUCGCGUGUACUAGUCCUGUCCAAAAUUGGACAGCGUAAGAAGCUCGGUUCUCUUUUUCUGUAAAAGUUGAAACUUUUGGAAGCUCGCAAUCGUGUCGAAUCCGCAUGAGAUUCCGCGUUUUGCCUUGGUAGUGUUGAUAGUGAAAGCCUCCCUUUUUUGAUCAAGAGAAAUCGCAGGUUUUCAGUGCUAGAGUCGUAGUCUCAAAGUAGCUAACUGUAAAUUUUCCACCUCAAUCCCCAUGGGUGUGCCCCGGUUUUCAAGGGGACAGCGACAGGUGACAGCGACACUAACGAGGAACCUACAACUCCAUUUGUUGUAUCACGAAAAGCGUUGCUCUAAGAACACCUGCAAGAUCCAGAAAUUUGCGAUUCUGGGUCGCGAUUUUUCUGCUGCGACUGAAGAGCUGACCCCAACCCUGAAGCUGAAGUUAAGAAUUUUUUUGCAGAAGUACACAAGUUGUACAGUGUACAACUUGUGUACUUAUAGACUUAAAAAUGUGUCUUAG